GAGAGAGAGAGAGAGAGAAGAGAGAGAGAGAGAGAGAGAGAGAGAGAGAGAGAGACAGAGAGAGACAGAGAGAGAGAGAGAGGUGGUGGGGGGGACGAGCAAGGUAGAGUCAGAGUAAAGUGAGAGAGGGGAGAGGUUUUGGAGUUUGAGACGAUGCAACACACUGAGAAACUCUGAGUGCAACAGUCGACAUGCUGCAGCCUUCGCUCUGCUGCUUUCUGUCCGUCAUCGUCUUCUUCUUCUUCGUGUCUCCUCCGCUAGCUGAUGGACAGACCGUCACAGCAGGAGGAGGGGGAGGAGGACGGGUGGAGAGGAUCCAGGUGAUGUUCACGCCGACGAUCUGCAAAGUGCGCUGCAACCAGGACCGAUGUGUCAACUACUGCGAGAGAGGCAACGUGACCACGCUGUACAGCAGCAACACUGAGGGAGGAGGAGAGGGAGGACGGAGAGACGGCUCCCAUGGUCCAGGCUUCAGAGUCUUCCUCUGUCCUCUGCUCUGUAAGAACGGCGGCGUCUGUCUUCAGAAGGACCGCUGCCUCUGCCCCUCGAACUUCGUCGGAAAGUUCUGCCAGAUCCCUGUCGCCUCCACCUCCGCCGCCGCGGCUGCUGCAGCCUCGCCGUCCUCCACCAAUGAGAUCGUCAAGCCUGCGCUCCUCUCUGCCACCACAGCCAAUCAGGAGCUGACCCAGUCGGAGUUCCUUGUUCCGCUGGGACAGAACCAGGAAGCAGCGAGGGCCGGAGCUCCGGCUCUGUCCAUGGUGAAGGUCAGAGUGCAGCAUCCCCCUGAGGCCAGUGUGAAGAUCCACCAGGUGCUGAAGGUGUCUGGGUUCAGCCCCACCCUGCGGACGCUCUCCUCGCCCUCCUCGGGCUCGGCGGGGGCUCCGGCUCCUCCCGGUGUGGGCGUUCAGGCUCAGACGGUGCGAGGCGACGGCACGUACACCGAGCACUCCGGCUUCAGAUACUGCUUCAGAGAGGUGAAGGACGGACAGUGCAGCUCUCCUCUGCCUGGACUGAGGAGCAGGGACAUGUGCUGCCGAGGGAUCGGGAAGGGGUGGGGCAUCACCGACUGUGUCCUCUGUCCUGAUACAGGUCAAAGCAACAGCAGCUGUCCGUCUGGUUUUGAGCGAUCCAAUGGAACGCAGUGUGUCGAUGUGAAUGAGUGCCUCCAGCCUGGGCUGUGUGAGAACGGGAUCUGUGUGAACACCAGGGGGAGCUAUAGCUGUGUGUGUAGGGUGGGGUUCAUCCUCGACGCCACACAUGGAAUCUGCAUUUCCCAGAGUGUGAUAUCGGAGGAGAAGGGUCAGUGUUUCCGGGUCCUGGGCUCGGGUCAGGGUCCGUCCUCCUGCUCCCUGCCCAUCCUCAGGAACAUCACCAAACAGAUCUGCUGCUGCAGCCGAGUCGGCAAAGCCUGGGGUCACGACUGCCAGAGAUGUCCCUACUUUGGUUCAGUGGCCUUUAAGGAGAUCUGUCCAGCCGGUCCUGGUUAUCACUACUCAGCUUCAGUCCUUCAGUUCAACCAGAGAGUCAACGAGCAGCUGGGGGGCCGAGGGGCCACACUGGUAACCCACAGCAACCAGGACACCCAGGCUCCUGAUUCUGGAUCCAGCAGUGGUGGAGCCUCCAGGCAGAAACCCUCUGGUGGAGAGAGUACUUCACUGAGCUCUGGAUCAGCUGGUACCAGCGGCACUCAGACCAGACCCGUUCCACCUCCGACUCCCCGGCAUCCAUCUCAGCCUCAGACCCGCCCGGCCACCAGCUCUCCCUCCACCAGGACGGUACAGUCCAGCAGCACCGGCACCUCGACCCCCCGGGACAAACCCCAGACUCCAGGCAGAGCUGGGACCCAACAGGUCCGACCUGGGUUUGCUCCGUCACAUCCAAGACCACAGCCCCCGUCCACUGGGAGUCACGCCGGAGGUCGUUCCUCCUCUGUGUCUCGACCCGACCACACUCAAGCAAGAGGGGACUCGCUCCCUGCUCCUGCCCAGCCACAGAACCCCGAGCGUGGGUCCAGACCCCACGAAGAGCUGCCCCCUCUGGAGAACAGGCCAGCUGUCAGCCCCACAACCAGGCCCAGCAGAGUCCAGACAGUGCGAGGUGUGUGUGAGACCAGGCCGGGUGUAUGUGGGCGUGGCCUCUGUGUGGAUCAGCCAAGUGGGAAACACACUUGUGUGUGUGAUCAGGGAUACCAACCCAACACUCAGCGCACGUACUGCCAAGAUGUGAAUGAGUGUGUGCAGUCUCCAGGAGUGUGUUUGGUGGGAGAGUGUGUGAACACCAUGGGAAGCUACAGGUGUGUGUGUCCGUCUGGAUACCGGAGUAGUGGCGAGCAGACCAGUUGUCAAGACAUGGACGAGUGCCAGCUGAACCCCUGCAGGAACGGUCGCUGUGACAACACGCCGGGCAGCUACAGGUGUGUCUGUCGCCUUGGUUACAGGCUCACAGGCAACACCUGCACAGAUGUGGAUGAGUGUGCCGACCCUCUACAGUGUCCUGGUCAGGAGUGCAUCAACAGUCAGGGUUCGUAUCGCUGUGCGUCGUGUCAGCCUGGAUAUGGACUGAUCAACCAACUCUGCACAGACAUCGACGAGUGUCGUCGGACUCCCUGCUCCAACGCUCGCUGUGAAAACACACCGGGGAGCUACCGCUGUGUCUGUCGCCAUGGUUACAAGCUCCAGAACAACACCUGUACAGACAUAGAUGAGUGUGUGGAGCCAUCUCAGUGUCCUGGUCAGAUGUGUGUGAACUCGGUGGGAUCAUACCGCUGUGUGUCCUGUCGACCAGGUUACACACUGACCAACAGACAGUGUACAGAUGUAAACGAGUGUGAGAACAGUGAGUCUUGUCCUGGUCAACAGUGUGUGAACACGGAGGGAUCAUACAGCUGUAUGGACUGUCAGCAGGGAUACCACAGUGUGAACAGAGUGUGUACAGAUGUGGACGAGUGCGUGCAGGCCUCUCAGUGUCCGGGUCAGCAGUGUGUGAACACGGUGGGAUCGUACCACUGUGUGUCCUGUCAGCCUGGGUACAGCGGCGAAGAUGGCUCCUGCCAAGAUGUGGAUGAGUGUGCGAGCGCUGGGGGGUGCGGGGCCGAGCGAGUGUGCGUGAACACCGUCGGCUCAUUCAGGUGCGACUGUCUGCCUGGGUAUCGAACCUCCGGCCUGGGGAGGCAGUGCAGAGACAUUAACGAGUGUCUGGAGGGGGAGUUCUGUUUCUCCAGGGGCGAGUGUGUGAACACGCCUGGAUCCUACACAUGUGUGUGUUCUCAGGGAUUCACGCUGAGCGACAACGGGACGUCCUGCCUCGAUGUGGAUGAGUGUGCGAAGUCGGGCGUGUGUGUGGGCCGCCGCUGUGUGAACACUGAAGGCUCCUUCUACUGUCAGUGUCAACCCGGCUUCACCACCAACCCUGAAGGCACCACCUGCCUCGAUGUUGACGAGUGUGUAACGUCCGGCGGGUCGGUCUGCGGCUCGCAGCGCUGUGAAAACACCAUUGGUUCGUACCACUGCCUCACUUCCUGUGAGCCGGGCUACCAGGUGCACCAGGGCAGGUGUGUAGAUAUUAACGAAUGUGCCAAUAAGACGGCGUGUGGGGACCACGCCUUCUGUCAGAACCUGAUCGGGACGCACCUGUGUUCGUGCCACCAGGGCUUCACCUCCACCGCAGACGGACAAUCCUGCGUCGAUGAAGACGAGUGUGUGUCUCUGGCCGGUGUGUGUGGUUCGGCUCGCUGUGAGAACGUGGAGGGAUCCUUCAUGUGUGAAUGUGACCACGGAGAGUUUGACAUGACGAUGAGAAAGUGUGUCAGCACCGUACGACCAGCCGAGAUCGUCCCCAGCUACCCCUCCUCCUCUUCCUCCUCUUCCUCCUCUUUCUUCCCCUCCUCUUCCUCUCAUGUCAGUGCGGUGGAGUUGGACCCUGUGCCGCCCCCGCUGCCCGCCGCCCGUCCUGGCGAGCUGAGGGAGUGCUACUACAACCUGGCGGAGCGUGGGACCUGCAGCCUGCUGGCCACCAACACCAGCCAGCAGGAGUGCUGCUGCACGGUGGGCGAGGGCUGGGGGCUGGGCUGCCAGUACCACCCCUGCCCCCCCGCCGACACAGCCGACUUCCUGUCUCUGUGUCCCAGUGGGAGGGGCUAUGUCACCACUGGACCAGGAGCCUUCAGCUACAGAGAUGUGGACGAGUGUAAACGUUUCCACCCUGAGGUGUGUAAGAACGGAGUGUGUGUCAACAACAUCCCUGGAUACAACUGCUACUGCUCCAGUGGAUAUGUUUACAACAGCACGCUGCUGGAGUGUGCAGAUCACGAUGAGUGUGAGGAGGAGAGUUGUGUUGGAGGAGUGUGUGUGAACACGGUGGGAUCAUAUUACUGCAGCUGCCCGCCGCCUCUGGUGCUCGAUGACACGCAGCGAAACUGUGUCAACUCCUCCCACCUCACUGUGGAUGAGAACCUGUCUGUGUGCUGGCAGCAAGUCUCUGCAGACCUCAUGUGUCAGAGCCCCCUGCUGGGCGCUCAGGUCACCUUCACCGACUGCUGCUGUCUGUACGGGCAGGGCUGGGGGAUGGAGUGCGCCCUCUGUCCCUCCACCGACUCCGACGACAACGCCUUUCUCUGCAGUUCCUUCCUUCCUCCUCAUUUUCCAAGUUUUCCCGGUUCGAGCGGAUCAGAAACAGGAGUGAGACGAGGAGUCGGACAAGGAGGAGCAAGUGCUCCUCAUUUUCCUCCUUACGCUCCUGAGUCCUUCCCUCCAGCUGUGGUUCCUGGCCGAGACUUCAGUCGUCCUGACUAUGACGAUUACUCUCCAGCAGGGGGCAGCAGGCCAGGCUUCAGGACUCCUGCGUCCUUCAGUCUCCCGGACACAGCCUAUCGCAGACCUGAGUACGGAACUGGUUUCUACUCUGAAGGAGACUACACCUCCCCUGACGGGCCCCCCCCCAGGCCUCCAUCCUUCCGCCUCCUCCCGGACCCCCGGGCUGAGACGGCGUUCGGCGCCCGGCCUCCUCCUCCGUCCCAGCCGGACGGCCCUCCUCUCAGCCUCGCUCCGUUGCCCGGGGGUCACUACCCCGACCAGGAGGAGGAGGAGGAGGAGGAGGAGACUUGGAGGCCGGGGCCGCCGUUCCCACCCUUUACUGAGCAGAGAGGAGGAGGAGGAGGAGGAGAUAGAGUAAGAGGGGGAGGAGGAGGAGGAGGAGGAGCACUGAGGAGGGUGUAUGAAAGGCGUUACGAGUCGUACGCCGGCCUGAGCGCAGCAGAGGAUUGUGGGAUAUUGCACGGCUGUGAGAACGGCAGGUGUAUUCGCGUGGCGGAGGGUUACACCUGUGACUGCUACCAAGGAUACGAACUGGACAUGACCUCCAUGACCUGCAUAGAUGUAAACGAGUGUGAGGACGGCGUCAGCGUCGAGUUCCCGUGUGUGAACGCUCGCUGUGUCAACACCAGCGGCUCGUUUCGCUGCGUCUGCAGGAGAGGCUACGUCAUGUCCCGCAGACCCAACCACUGCGUGGCCGCGUAGACGCCGUCGCACCGGACCCGACCAGGACCCACCUGGGACUGGACACCGUGACAGACUGGGUCGGACUACAGGAGACUAAACUGGUCUGGGUUUUACUUCAGGACCAGAUUUGACAAACUAUACUCAACCAGGAUAAAACAUACUGGACUUUAAAACUGUAGAUUGCACUAAACUAGGCCGAGCUGAACUGGGCCGGGUCAGACUUUAUAUUAAGAGUCAUUUUAUUCAUCAGUUUCUGUCCGGCCUGGUUUAUUUGAACCAGAAACUGAAACCAGGCUUUUAGACCAAACCAGGCUAACUCUAGUUAGCCUCGCAGUACAAACCAGGCUAACUCUAAUUAGCCUCGCAGUACAAACCAGGCUAACUCUAAUUAGCCUCACAAUACAAACCAGGCUAACUCUAAUUAGCCUCGCAGUACCAACCAGGCUAACUAAUUAGCCUCGCAGUACCAACCAGGCUAACUAGUUAGCCUCGCACUACCAACCAGGCUACACCAGGUCACACAUGUUCCUGACGACGACGACACAUCAGGACGCUUGUUGUUUUUUAAAGGUCUGAAGAAAAGACGUGCAGAGUUGUGAAGUAGAGGAAGAAACAGUCUAAGUUUGAUUGUUAAUGUUAUUGUUGUACUUUUUACGUUUUAACUCAGAAAACAGAAGGAAAGAAGUUUUCAGGUCAAACAAACCCAAGAUAUUCACUUCACACGUGUGAAAUGUCUAAUUCACCUGGACAUUUCAUUUCAGAAUGUUUUAAAACAUAAAGACACAUUUUCUGAUAUUUUCAUAAAAGCAAAGAUUUGAAACGAGUUCAUGUUAAACAGUUUUUUCUGUGAACUCCGAGUCGACAUGUGACUCGGAGCCUCGAGCCCGUAAAGAUUCAAUCUUCACAUCAGAGGCUGAAAACAGAUGGAUAAUCAGAGCGGUGACAUCAUCAGCUCUAAUCGUUACAGAUCUGUUUUCACAGAGGAGUUUUUCAUUCUGAUCAUUGUAUCUACAACAUAAAAUACACACAUACAUUAAAUAUAUAAACAUCAAUAUACAAAACCGAUGUGUUUAAUGAUUGAGCGACUGAAUGUGUCAUCUACAGACAUGUAAAAGAAAAUAUUGUCUGACUUUAUUAAUGAAUGAUUAACGAUAUGUUUUUAAACGUAAACUGUCUUUUUUCUGUACAUUUUUCCCUGAAUCCAGAAACUUCACUGUAGUCACCAAAGUCACAACAUCGUUGUCUCGCUGACAAAGUCAGUGAAGAUGUUUUCAGUCAUCACCUCUAGAAAAUAUCCAGAAAAAAGUGUGGACAGUUUCUCGUGUGAAGCAGCAGCAGGAGAUUGUCCGGGUCCAACUCGUUCACAGCAACAGGAACAUGUGGGAACUUUCAUUCCAGAAGCUUCCACACAUUAUCCUGCUGUCUCCUCACAUGGACUCUGACAUGUUACAGACGUUUUACUAGGAGGCUGCAGGAGAAGAUCCAGAACAUGUCCAGAGACACUGACUCAGAUACAGAACCUCCAGAACACAUCAGGAACACGUCAGGAACAUGUGCAGAACCUCAGCAGCUUUACAGAUCUCCUGACCUGAGGGUGGCGCUCUGCUGAGUCAGGAUGUGAUUCUGGAGGAUACUGAUUCCAAUUUGCUUGAUUCCAUUUAGAUUUAUUUUUGGUUUAAAUUGAUCAAAUUCUGUACUGGACGCUGCAUCCAGUCACAUUGUGUUUAUAGUGAUCCACAUAAUCUGUUUCAGCCUGUAAGAGUUUGUGUUUUAUUAAUUUUCUGUUGUAGUUAACGAGCUGAUUCCUUCUCAGUAUACCGUGCACUGUACACACACACACACACACACACACACACACACACACACUGUGUUAUAAGUGUUUGAAUUGUCGUCUCUGGUGUUUUUUAAACUGCUCAUUUUUAUGUUUAAUGAUUCACUUUUGUAUUGUUGUGGUUUGUAUGAAAAGAAAUGAAAAUAUAUUUGCACACACACUUUCAGUGAAA